AUAUUUCAGGAUUUAAUUGAUUAAAAGGAGAUCAAAAUGGUAAUUUCGCAAAAGCAGUUCAGCCUUCACGUCUAUAGGGCCGUGCACAACAUAGCUACGAGCUUCACUCCGUUCAUAGAUAUCGUGAAGGAGGUCGACUACACCAUGCAAUUCGACAAAGACGCGGAUGAACUCGCGCAGGGAAUUCACAAGGCCCUGAGUGACUUUGUUCGCCUUCGUGUGAUCGUCGAGAGGAAUAAUACAUAUUGCAUCUACAACGAUUCACUUCGUCGCCGCCAUAUGUCGUCGGGAAAUUUUGCACCCGUGGAUUCAUCAGAGGAUGCAAGCGAUGAAGAUGAAGAUGAAGAUGAAGCCCCGAAGAGACCGCAAAAGGAGGAUAAACCAACAACUUCUAAGAAAGCCAAGGCAAACAACAAAGCUACUAAGCCAAAAGGCAAAUCGCAAAUCUCAGCUCGCAAAUCGCAAAUCUCAGCUCGCAAAUCGCAAAUUUCAGCUCGCAAAUCGCAAAUCUCAGCUCGCAAAUCGCAAAUCUCAGCUCGCAAAUCGCAAAUCUCGGCUCGCAAAUCGCAAAUCUCAGGUCGCCAAUCGCAAAUCUCAGGUCGCCAAUCGCAAAUCUCAGAUCGCAAAUCGCAAAUCUCAGGUCGCCAUUCGCAAAUCUCAGGUCGCCAAUCGCAAAUCUCAGAUCGCAAAUCGCAAAUCUCAGGUCGCCAAUCGCAAAUCUCAGGUCGCCAAUCGCAAAUCUCAGGUCGCCAAUCGCAAAUCUCUUGUCGCCAAUCGCAAAUCUCUGGUCGCCAAUCGCAAAUCUCUGGUCGCCAAUCGCAAAUCUCUGAUCGCCAAUUGCAAAUCUCUGAUCGCCAAUCGCAAAUCUCAGGUCGCCAAUCGCAAAUCUCUGGUCGCCAAUCGCAAAUCUCUGAUCGCCAAUCGCAAAUCUCAGGUCGCCAAUCGCAAAUCUCAGGUCGCAAAUCUAAGCCCCGUUCAAAAGCCUCUAAUUAUGGCAAACCAGCCAAAGUCGCUAAAAAGUCCUAUAAAAGCAAAAAGGACAACUGUUUUUUUGAUGAGGAAUUGGAGAAUGGGAGCUUCUAUUAGAGAUGACUACGAUGGGUAUACAUCAUUGGCAGGGCAAUGGUAACAGAAGAAGCCUUUGAAGACACUAAACCGCAUUACGAAACGCUACUAAACACUAAACAAUUAACACUAAAACUACAAUACACGAAAUGCCUGAAUUCGAAAAAUAAAACAAAAUAAAUAAAAACCCAAUGCAAGCGAA